UAACUUGAUUAUAUUUAUAGUGAGAUGUAAGAGUGGGUUCCUUGUUAUAAGAUAGUUGACAAAAUAGUAUUUGAAGAGGCUGAAAAUCGUACUAGGUGUUUAACGGUUAUCCCGUCUAGCCCAUGAUUUUUCCAACGCCCCCAAAUUAGCUGACCGCUAGCUAGUUUGCUACUUAGCGUUACACGUACUGCAGUCCUGAUUUUAAGAAAAGCGAGACACAAGGGAAGUGGUAAGGAGGAAAACAUCCCUGUUUUCACGAGGACAAGGAACAAGACUCGACCUGAGUCACAAGUUGACAAGACCGAAACUCAACAAUUGUGACAGCUAGCGCUAGAGGCAAUACUUGAAACCAACACGUACGAAAUGAGCGCAGAAUGUUAAAAUAGACCGCACAACAGGACUGUCAAGCUGGUCACCUGGAAGAAAAUAGGCGUCGUAGAAAGAACAAAAAAUACUACUGUGCACUGUUUUAGAGUCCCAACCCCUGCGUUUAAACGUGCUUUGUUACUUCAGAAUUUAGUGUAUUGUGCUGGAGUAAGACUGUCACUGUUUCACCCAAAAUUGCAUGAUCAAACUCGGGGACUCUGUCUAGCUCCCAGAUCCACGCAGGCAUAUCCUAUGGAGAAUGAGAUGGUGGUGAAGAGCCUGCACGCUGGAGUCGUUCUGCCCGGGGAAAUGGAGACGGACUCCAGAGACGAAGAACAUCAGGAGGCGCUCUGCUUCACCCUCGAUCAAUUAUCUCUCGUGGCUGUUGAAAAGGCAGACUGUGGUGGCGAGGGAGGGCUAGUCGAUUCCCAUGACACGCCGGACUCUAACUCCGAUACGUGCAACGGUGUAGGGGGCUUCGUCGGCUUACAGAUGCUUGAACACCCCGGAGGCUCGGUGGGAUCCCCGUCUUCCUGCUCUCCACCCCCGGAGUACUACGCCUCGGGUGGAUUCCACAUUACCGGCCCGCACGCUCACGCCGUGCUCGGGGAGCCGAGCUCCGUCCUCUGUGGCCGAAAGAGGAGCGUUAACAUGACGGAAUGUGUUCCAGUUCCUAGUUCUGAGCAUGUUGCUGAAAUCGUGGGGCGGCAAGGGUGUAAGAUCAAGGCCCUGCGCGCCAAGACCAACACGUACAUCAAGACGCCGGUGCGCGGGGAGGAGCCGGUGUUCAUCGUGACGGGCCGCCGCGAGGACGUGGAGAUGGCCAAGCACGAGAUCCUGUCGGCGGCCGAGCACUUCUCCAUGAUCCGCGCGUCCCGCUGCAAGGCCGGGGGCGCGGCGGGGGCCGGGGCGGUCGGGGGGGGCCUCCCGGGGCCCCCGCACCUGCCGGGCCAGGUGACCAUCCAGGUGCGCGUGCCGUACCGCGUGGUGGGCCUGGUGGUGGGGCCCAAGGGUGCCACGGUGAAGCGGAUCCAGCAGCAGACGCACACCUACAUCGUGACGCCGAGCCGCGAGAAGGACCCGGUGUUCGAGGUGACGGGCAUGCCGGAGAACGUGGACCGCGCGCGGGAGGAGAUCGAGACGCACAUCACGCUGCGCACCGGCGCCUUCGUCGACCUGCAGGGCGACAACGACUUCCACAGCAACGGCACCGACGUCAGCCUGGAGGGGCUGGGCGCCGGCGGGGGUGGGCUCUGGUCCCGGGCCGGCCACUCGGCCCCGCCCCCGCCGCUCCCCGGCAGGAAGGCUCGGUCCGCCUCCUUCCACAGCGCCGGCCUGGCCCUGGGCUCCGCCCCCUCGGAGAGCUGCAGCCCCGACAGCCCCUUCAGCACCGGCAGCGUCGGGGGCGGCUUCGUCUUCGGGGGCGACCUUCCCGCCCCGUCUGCGGAGGAGCUGGGGUUCGAGCUCGGGGGCAGCGGCGGCGGGGGCGGCGGCGCUAACAUCUGGGCGCCGUUCGCUAACGCGCGGCAGCAGCAGCAGCAGCAGCGGCGCAACAACGGGGCGGUCACGCCGCGCGUCUCCCCCACCCUGCCGCCGCCGCCGCCGCCGCCGCCGUCGUCGUCCGACCCCGCCGGCCUGGAGCACCCGCUGGCCCGCCGCGCCCAGAGCGACCCGCUCAGCGCCCUCUCCUGGCUGCAGGCGGGCGGCGCCUCCUUCUCCCGGGGCUCCAGCAGCAGCAGCACCACGGGCUACUCCUCCUCCUGCUCCGCCUCCUCCCUGCCCGGGGGCUCGCCCACCGAGUCGGAGGGCGGGGGCGGCGGCGCGGCCAUGCUGGCCCGCUUCAAGGCCGCCGCCGGCCUGGCGGGGGGGUACGGGCCGGGCGCCCGGGACUGCUACGUCUGCUUCGAGAGCGAGGUGAUGGCGGCCCUGGUGCCCUGCGGGCACAACCUCUUCUGCAUGGACUGCGCCGGGCAGAUCUGCCAGUCGGCCGAGCCAGAGUGCCCGGUGUGCCACACCCCCGCCACCCAGUGCAUCCGCAUCUUCUCGUAACGAUGGGGGAG